GGUUCUUGGAUGAGCGAUGGAAGCACAGGUCGUGGCAUUCCACGACAAGCCGCAGGAGCUGCAAUGCGUGGGAUCGAUGCAAGUCCAGAGGACGCUCAAUCACAGCGGCGAUGAUUCUCAGGCUGCGGGGCUGAGCUUCAUAUGCGGGAGCUUGCCCGUGCCGACGGCGAGCCCGCCCAAGGCAUUUUCCUCUACAGCAGUCGUCUAUCACAAGAGGGUGAUUGCGCCUCACUACAAGCUACUUCCAGCGGAGACUGAUCUCAAUGCGCCUCUGAGCAGCAAAGCUCUCGCUGCUGUUAACGAAUCAUCCGGAAACAUAUGUGAAACAACCAGCAAAACAGUCACUCAAAAAUGCGAUGCUUUAGCUGCGAGUGCCCUCUCCGGCCACGGGGACGGGAUCGACGUGAUUGCUCCCGUUGACAUACUGAAGCAGAUCUUCAAGACUCCAUACUCGAAAGCUCGGGUGUCAGUCGCGGUUCAUAGGAUUGGGAGGACUCUCAUACUGAACAGUGGGCCGGAUGAAGACAGAGAAACGCUUGUUCGUCACAAAAAAGCUGUCAAGCUGGGUGAGAAGCUGCUAUACUCGAGAUUUGUCCACCAUUCCAUGCAGUCGAGAUCGCCCCCGCCGUCGGAAUCAACCAAAGAGACGAACAGUUCGACGGAGUCCUUGUUCAGCCCAUGGCAGGAAACUAUAGACGAAGAAGGCUGCGAGGGAAACCUGUGCGCUACUAUGAGACUGCCGGUCCAGCAUGACGGGAAGCUCUCGCGUGGAAGGCAGGCUGAAGUUGAGCUGGGGGAUGAUGAUGACGAGGAUGAUGAUGCGGAGUACAUUGAAGAAGAUGGAGUGAGGCAAAAGAAGACAUCCGACGAUUUUUUGCGGGUCCUUUACUGGCAGUUUCAGAACUUGCGAAUGCUUCUAGGAAGCGAUCUACUGGUUUUCAGCAACGAGAAGCAUGUCGCUGUAAGUUUGCACCUCAUGGAGAUUAAACGACAGGUUACGCCUCUGAUGUGGCUCGAUGCCUGGUUAGAUAAUGUAAUGGCCAGUGUUCCCGAGCUGGCUAUUUGCUACCAUCACAAUGGCGUCGUUCAGGGAUAUGAGCUUCUAAAGACCGACGACAUUUUCUGCUUAAAGGGCCUUGCGGAAGACGGGACAGUCUUUUUUCAGCCACAUAUUGUGCAACAGAAUGCCAUUUCAGUCCUGAGGUUUCUUCAAGAAAAUUGCAAGCAUGACCCUGGGACCUACUGGCUGUGUAAGAAUCAUGGCGAGGACGUGUUGCAGCUGUAUGAUCUAUCAGAUAUAUCUAAGAGCUGCAAGAAAGUUGACAGCCACAGCACACUACCUUCGCGGAAUGCUAAUGGUAACUGUUAUACGUUGCCUCUGGCAAUGCUUUUGUACCGCAUUGCUUACAGCUUAUCACGUUCUCAGGAGUCAAGCGACAUUUGCAAAUGUGCUAAAUUGUUUCGGAAAUGUCUAGAGUUCUUAGACAACGAAGAGCAUCUGAUAAUCAGAGCAAUCGCGCAUGAGCAAGUUGCCAGAUUAAUUCUAAACUGUUGCAAGGAGCAUGACUCUUCAGCGAAGCCUGUUCUGCUUUUAGAAGCCUACGAUCACGAAGAAAUAGUUGAUCCGGACCUUGACGGGAAAAGCGUUUGCAUCGAGGAAUUAUCUACGACAUCAGGCGAGACAGAAGUUUCGGAGAAAGAGCUGACUCUUUACGACUCUCCUGUACAAGUUAUGGAUGCCGAAGUCGAUCCUGUCUCUCCGCGCCUGGCCGCUGUUCAUCACGUCUCUGAAGCCAUACUAUCUCUACGGUCCCAGAGGCAGCUUCAAGACAUUGACAAGGAAAAGUUGAGGGUGACGGAUAUCAAGCAGUUCCCUCUGUGCCUUUGCGGGGAUAUAGACUGUAUCAGCUUCUACGACAUUGGAAGCAGCGAGUUCGGUGUUUUGAUGGACCAGAAGCUCAGGGAGCUCAUCUUGAUGCUGGGAGAGUCUUAUCUUGCUCUGGGGGAGGCUUACAGCGAGAAAGGAGACCUGGUUCGGACAGUGAAAGCUGCUCAGCUCGCCUGUUCCGUUUAUGCGUCAGUGCUGAAGCUGGAAAACCUGCCUAGUCCGUAUGGCUGCCAGUACUGUUUGCCGGCAAGCAGCUCAAAGAAGAAGUUCCUACCUCGUAAAUCGGGAACUCAGCAGAAUGACCUCCAGAAAGGACUCUUUUGGGGCCAGGUGUGGCGGUUGAUAGGCGACGUCUACAUCAAAAACCUCAUGGUUCUCGGUGAAAAUAGCCUUCCACGCAAGGGAAUGAAAGGUGGCGAGGAGCUACAAAUGGCUGAGGAGAUAGUGCGAGAAGUUAAACGCCUCAGGAAGAAGUCCGGACAAAAGCCGGGAUGUGGAGUCUGUAGUGCUAGUGACUGUAGCUGCCAUAUGGAUAGAAUAAGCAGUGGGAGCAGUGCAACGAGUAGCAGUGAUUACAGCGAGAAAAAUUCCUCGAGGCAGCGGACAAAGCACAAGAAGUCAGGAAAAGCGGUGGCAACUGUUUAUGAGGCGAAAGAUGGGACAGUGGAGGAAGAAUUGAAGACUCAAGCAGACUACAGUUACAAGCAAGUUUGCAAGAAUCACGUCUGCUUCCACUUGCAACGAGUUCUCACCAAGGACUUGAAGCUCAACUUCGUGGCGGCAGUGGACUGCUACGAUGCUGCGAUAUACGCUCUAACAGACGUUCCUGGAGCCUCUAGAGAUCUGGACGCAGCCGUUCGGAAGAAAGGCUGGGCCUGCAACGAGCUCGCACGUCUGAUACUGGCUAGCGAGGAUCUUGCUCUCGCCGAGAUGGCCUAUCUCACCGCCAUCCGAGCGUUCGAAACAGUUGGAGAUUCGACAAACGUACUUCUCGUCAACUGCAACCUUGGCCACGCACUAAGAUCGGCUGCCGAGAAGCUGGUUGCCUGGAUGUCCGUGGGUGAUUUGAGUCCGGAGAAACGCGAACGAGUCGCUCGCGAGGCCAGGGAGUUUUACUUGAAGGCCUUGAAGUGCUACCGAGCUGCGAAGAGAGAAGCCGCCAACUUAUCCGGCUCGAAGGAACUCGAGGAAAACGUUGUGACGCAGCUCGCCAACACGUACCUGAGGCUGGGACUCUUCACGGUGGAUCAGCAGACAUCCGCGGUUCUAAACUCGGGCGACUCGCUGACGAGCUACAAGCUGCAAUCACUGUUUGCGACGUCGGACAUCCUCGAGGCUCUGCUGCUCUACGAGUCGAUUCCUCGAGCGCAGGAGGCCGCCUUCACGCACUUCCAGAUCGGCUCGCACCUUCGGAACUGCCUCCAGAUCGCCAAGCUCAAGACCGACUACAGCAAAGACACGAAUCUCAAGUUCCACGCCUCGCUAGCGGACCACCAUCUCCGAAAAGCUCUCGGCUACUAUCGGCCUCAUUCGCAUCCGACGAUGUUCCUCGACAUCCUCCUGGUGGAAUGCGACCUUUGCUUCUUGGUGCUACCAUUUUCCGGCGCAAACCAGCUGUUGAUACUGGAGCAAGGAAUGGCGUGCAUGCUGGAAGGCCGGCGAGCGCUGGAAGUGACAGUGGAAUCGAGGCCAGCGGGCGAAACUCUGGAAAAAUUCAUCGCCCAGCUCCAGACUUUGCUGAAAAACUUGCUGGGAGCUGUGAUCAAAGAGGACAAAGCGUCGAGCGCUCGAGCACUGGACGUGGAGACGAUCAAAACCAUGUACCGCAUUGCUUUGAGGUCCUCCAUCCACGCUUUGCCAAACGAGUUAAAGGAGCUCCAUGAUCUCUGGCAAAGACUAUAAUAACACUCCUGUUUUUAGGGUUCUUAA